AGGCGGAGCGGGCGCCGCGGAGCCAGGCUCGUCGCAGGAUGGUGGACAGCGUGUACCGGACCCGCUCCCUGGGGGUGGCGGCUGAAGGGCUCCCGGACCAGUACGCGGACGGCGAGGCGGCGCGCGUGUGGCAGCUCUACGUCGGGGACACCCGCAGCCGCACGGCCGAGUACAAGGCCUGGCUGAUCGGCCUGCUGCGUCAGCACGGCUGCCAGCGGGUGCUCGACGUGGCUUGCGGCACCGGGGUGGACUCCAUCAUGCUGGUGGAAGAGGGCUUCACCGUGAUGAGCGUGGACGCCAGUGACAAGAUGCUGAAGUAUGCGCUUAAAGAGCGCUGGAAUCGGCGGCACGAGCCCGCCUUUGACAAGUGGGUCAUCGAAGAAGCCAACUGGAUGACUCUGGACAAAGAUGUGCCCAAGCCUCCAGGGGGUGGUUUCGAUGCUGUCAUCUGCCUUGGAAACAGUUUUGCCCACUUGCCGGACUGCAAAGGAGACCAGAGUGAGCACCGGCUGGCACUGAAGAACAUUGCGAGCAUGGUGCGCUCAGGGGGCCUGCUGGUUAUCGAUCAUCGCAACUACGAUCACAUCCUCAGCACAGGUUGUGCACCCCCAGGGAAGAACAUCUACUAUAAGAGUGACUUGACCAAGGACAUCACGACCUCAGUGCUAACAGUGAACAACAAGGCCCACAUGGUGACCCUGGAUUACACAGUGCAGGUGCCGGAGGCUGGCCAGGACAGUUCUCCUCACUUGAGUAAGUUCCGGCUCUCCUACUACCCGCACUGCCUGGCACCCUUCACGGAGUUGCUCCGAGCAGCCUUCGGGGGCAAGUGCCAGCAUGGCGUCCUGGGUGACUUCAAGCCUUACAAGCCGGGCCAGGCCUACAUUCCCUGCUAUUUCAUCCACGUGCUCAAGAGGACAGACUGAGCGUGGCCUAAGGUCCCACAACCCUCUGCCUAGGCACUGCUGGGCUCUGUCUGGGGAGGUGGGGACCAGCAGCCCCACACCCAGUCCAGCCCCUGGUGCAGAUCCUGGGGGUGUGGGAAGAGGCCGACUGCAGCUGGGGAGCAGGGAUUUGAGUUCAGGCCAACAGAAGGGUGGACAAUAUAGUCUGUGCCUUCUUCA